GAGGUUCCAGAGGCACCACCCAGAGACGUUAAGGUGAAAAUGAAAGAUUCAACGUCUCUUGUUGUCACAUGGAAGCCUCCUGAUUUGUAUCUUCAACAUGGUGAAAUAAUAGGUUAUUAUAUUGGAUACAAAAAAUCAAAUUCAACGGAAGCAUAUCACUAUAAAACUUACGAUAUGCCUCCUGACACGCCUUUGCAAUAUGUUUUGACAAAUCUUCAGAAGUAUACCCAGUACACGGUGUUAGUCCAGGCUUAUAACAAAAUUGGCGCUGGUCCACGAAGUCAAGAGGUUAUUGCAGCAACAGAUGAAGAUGUUCCAGGUGCACCACCAAAUGAUGUACAGUGCACAUCUCUUACAUCACAAAGCAUCCUGGUGCUUUGGUCUCCACCACCAGCUUCAGAGUUCAAUGGAAUGCUAAGAGGCUACAAAGUGCUUUACAAACCUUUAUGCUAUGGAGAAGGGGUGUCCGCUCCUUCAGAACUAAUUACAAUUGACCAAAAAGUGGAGCUGAAGAAACUUGAGCAUUUUUGCAACUACAGUGUACAAGUUCAAGCAUUUACAAGUAAAGGUGAUGGUGUGAGCAGCCAACCUACCUUCUGCAGGACUCAAGAGGAUGUACCUACUGAACCAGAAAAUAUAAAAGCUGCAGUGACUGACUCAAGAACAAUACUACUCUCAUGGUUACCACCACUAUACCCUAAUGGAAUAAUCAGAAGUUAUAGAGUUUAUAUGAGAUCACUAGCGGGGAUGGCAAUGGAUAAAGAUAAAUUUGACAUUCCUGCUGAACGAACUCACCACAUAGUUUCACCUUUAAAAACAGACAAUCAGUAUGAGUUCUGGGUAACAGCAGUUACAACAGUUGGAGAGGGAUCAGAAUCAAGGCAUAUAGUGCAAGCACCAACUGAUAAUGCUCCAGCAAAGAUAGCCUCAUUUGGUCAAUUUAUCACUACAGCUCUUCACGAAACUCUAAGACUACCAUGCCGUGCUGUAGGCCAACCUGAUCCACAUCAGUACUGGAGGAAGAAUGGAAACCCAAUUGAAGAGGAUAGUCGUACACAAAUAAUUGAUGCUUGGUUACUGCAGAUCAGUCCAGUACAGAGCACUGAUGCUGGAAAUUAUUCAUGUUCAGCAGAAAAUAUGUAUGGGAAAGAUAAAAUCACCUACUAUGUUGCAGUACAAGUUCCACUAGCACCAACUAAUUUGCAUGCUUCAUCGGCAACUGUUUCAAGCAUCACACUAAAUUGGCUGCUUCCAUCAGAUACUGAUCAUAAGAUUCAAGGCCAUUAUUUAUAUUACAAGAGGGAAUUUGGAGAAUGGGAAAGAAUCAAAUUAAAGGCAGAGGAGACUGGUUUUACACUUAACCAUCUGCAAUGUGGCACAAAGUAUUACUUUUAUCUUGAGGCAUUCAGUCAACUUCGGCACAGUGAACCAACAUCUACAAUCACUGCAUUUACCCAGGGUUCAGCACCAUUUGCACCGAGCAUAUCUGAUUUAAUACAAGUAAAUUCCAGUUUUAUUUUGUUAAACCUGACAUCAUGGGAUGAUGGCGAUUGUCCUAUUACAUCUAUUGUAAUUGAGUAUAGACAAAAGAAUGAUAAUUCCUGGACACUUGUUUCAAAUAACAUCAAGAAAGAGCAGAGUGAAUUUCUCAUUUUAGAUCUAAAUCCAGGCACUUGGUAUACCUUACGUGUUACUGCUCAUAACAGUGCUGGUUCAACUGUGGAGCAUUACAAUUUUGUUACUCUCACACAUUUUGGAGCUACAGUUGCUCCAGAAUUAAGAGCACCUUCUGGAUCUGGAAGAAAACCAUUUUAUAAUGAUGCAGGAACAGUAGCAGCUAUUAUCAUUGGUCUAACACUUGCUGUUAUUGCAACUUCUGUUUUGUUUUUCUGUUUGAGAAGACACAAUAUGAUAUCAUGUAACAAAUACAGAGAGAAACCUCAAGAUACAGGACAGUUAGCCAUUGCAGACAAAAGAGUGGCACAGAAUACAUAUGUUAACAGCGAUAGUGGUAAGGACUCCUCAAACAUCCCAGAACCAACAUAUCUGCCAAAUCCUAUGUGCAUGACUCUUGGUCACAGACAAAACAUAAGUCCAUAUGCAACUUUCCAAGUGCCAGUUUCUGGUGGCCCUAACUGCUCUGAUGGUGAAGUGGAAUCAGAGACACAGGACAUCAGUCACAAACAACACAUAAGCAAGUGUGGUAGCAGCACUGAGUCAACAUACUCCAGAAUUCAUAAGGGAUUUCAACAUGGAAAUGAAACUCCUGAAUGGAUUCCUUUGCAUAAUUUGUAUCAAGCACACAGAUACUAACAUCCAUCCUUCACAGUUUGCAAUAUGACUAAGUCACUGAAGAAUGCAGUAAAGAGAAGCAAGUCAACUCCUAAGUGCCUUCUAACUGAAGAAAUAAAACACUAUUUAUAAAGCUUUAUGAGGCAGGUGAUUUUUUUUAAAUAUACGUAUAUAUUUGAUGUUGAUCUCAGGUUGAAGUUUUGUACAAAAUCAUUCUACUAUUAGUGAUUGUGACAAUAAUGUUUCUCUCCACACAUAAAAAAAUAUUUGCAUAUAAAAUUUAUUUUAUGCCACUCAGUAAGCCAAAAUAUUUUAUCUUGUGACACUCCAUCUACUGUAUUAAAAUGAUGUCAGUCACCUCUCAAUAAAAGAAUGAUGAUAAAUCUAUCAGUAUUUCAGAACUUUUAGUGGAGGUAAUGGAACCUAUACAUUUUAUUACUUACACUGCAACAUUGGAAUAUUACAUACAACUAACUGUUACUCUCUGACUUGACAUAACAACUCAUGAUACUUAUUAAGUAUUAAAUAAUGAUUAAGAAUGGUUGUUAAAUGUUUUACAUUACUGACAACUUUGUACAAAUUUAAAAAUAUUUAUAAAUUAUUUAAUAAGAUGUCAUUAAAUUGUUUCACCAGAAAAAAUAAAUGUUGUAUAAAUGUGAAAUGGUGUCUAUAAAUCUGUUUAUAUAACAUAGUGUAAAUCCUUUAACAAGAUGUCAUUAAAUAGUCUCACCAGAAAAAUAAAUGUUGUAUAGAUGUGAAGUGGUGUCUAUAUAUCUAUUUAUAUAACAUAAUGUAAAUUAUUUAAUAAGAUGUCAUUAAAUUGUCUCACCAGAAAAAAUAAAUGUUGUAUAAAUGUGAAAUUGUGUCUAUAAAUCUAUUUACGUAAGAUAAUGCACUAAAUAAUUAUUGUUUUCAACAAAAGGAAGCAAGACAGCUUCAAAGUGAAUAUGCACACUGCAUGUACAGUAAUUAGCCCAGCAGAUCAGUCAGAGUCCAAAAUGCUUAAACAAACUGUAUGCUGUAUAUGUCCUGAGGUGAACAUUUCCAAAUGUGCAACCACAGCCAAGAAUAUGUUAGAAAAAACAAAGAAUCAUCAGAAUCAUGCCGUGUACAUACUCCGGUAUUGAUUAGGACAGGAUAAUAUCAACAGGAUGAGUUUAAGAACAUGUGCAAACCAAAACUUAUGAAACAAAAUGCCUACAUUUUUCAUUAAUGACAAAGAUGACAUUGUGGUAAUGUGGACUUCUGGUUUAUGAUAUUCAGUUAGUAUUAUUACUAUUUUCCAAUGACAAACAUAGAUGACAAAUUGUGGCAACUGCUUAUGGUACAUUCACACUGAGGGAUUUAUCACAGAGAUUUGUGCCCAGAACAUCUAGCCAAUGAAGUGUGGCACAAUUUGCAAGUUCCUGCAACAUGAACUUCCAAAAUUGAUGCUAGAAUUCUGAGAAAUACUUUGUUCUGGCACAUGUUCCUCUAUUUGUUCACUCAUUGAAAACAUGGUACAAACACCAGAUGCAUUGUUUACUGUGGACGCACAGUCACAGGCAGACUUGUGAUGUUGCAUCUCGGGUACACAUCUACAUGGAGAUUAUAGCUGUGUAUGUUCCAUAGCAGUUAGUGUAACAUUGUUUUCCAUUUGUUUGCAAAGAUCAAGUGCCCAAAAAAUAAUGUGGCAAAACUUACUGAAGAAUUUCACGAAAUGCGCUCAUUAUGGGAUCCUACAUCUGCAGUUUAUAAAAACCAUGACAACAAACAUGAUGAAAUAUACCAGCUAGCAUCUUUAUUUGGCAUGUCUGAUAUGUAGAUGGACAGCAAACUUGAUACCCUCAGAUCACAAUUCUUCCAAGAACAUAAUAAACCUAUAUCUUCGAAGAUACUGAGAUCGAGAAGAGAAGAUGUGUACAUAUCCAAUUCUCUUCUCUUCCUGAAGGAUGUAAACAAACCAAGAAUUAGUUUAUCCACAUUUGAGUUAAGUUAGAGCAUGUUUAUUUUACAUGAUUUUCAUCAUAGAUAUUUAUUUACAUAACAAUGAAAAAUGCAAAUGUGUUAUUUACAGUAGUGCAUUAAAAGGAAAGCAUUUUCAGUGAACUUGAUAACUAUCACUGAACUAUCAUUGACACUAAGCAAACAAAUAUUGUCACUCCAGUUAUCCUCCAGUGUGCUGCAAACUCAUUUCUCACUUGCUUAGUGCCUUUGAGAACAUUUGUAUCUAUUCAUUAUAAUGAUUUAACUGGGAUGGUCUCUCCACCUCCCAGGUUCUAUGGUCUCUGUUUCUAGAAUUUCAGAAUCGAAACUGCCUGGUGGUGAAUAAAGUAGGCGAGCUUCCCGAUUUCUUCUUAGGAAGUUAUGAAGAUAAAAGCAGAACAAAGUCACAAUAGUUGUUUUAUGGGUUUCAAGCUCAAUAGGGUUUUGUACAAAUGAAAAAAAAAGAGGAUAGUAUUCCAAAAACAUUUUCAAGAACUCUUUGGGUUCUACUGAGCCUGUACAGAAGAUAUUCUUUCUUUGCUGCCUUUGUUAUGAUUACCUGGAAUGUGUUUUAUUACAUGUUUGUGUACUGCAAAGGCAUCAUCAGCAACAAUUACAUAGAGAGUGGACAGGACACUGCUCUACCAGACAGAGAGUCCGGCCCUGUUAUGUGCAGCUCACCUUCUUGAAGAGCUUUGUUAAAGGUUGUAAGGUCAAAUACACCUCCCACCUAAGACACAUUCUUGCAUUCACACAUCUGCAUAAAGAAAUUGGUAAUCAGCACCCACUAAUGCCAUUAACAUAAUGCUGAAAGUGUCCUUAUAGUUGUAGUAAGCGCUUCCAGCAUGAACAGGAUUAACAAGUCCCAUGUGUUUUCCAUCUAAAGCCCAUGUGCAAUUGGGAAAGUUCCAGCAAAUCUCAAAUUCUCAUGCAAUUUCCUUCCAUUGCAAUUCAGUAUUCAGUAGCUGAAAAUAUAAACAAAAAAUCUGAAGAAUGUGCUUUUCCUUUCUUUAGGGUACAUGUGAAGUGUCAAAGAGGAAACACAAUUGGAAGAGGAACAAAGUACCAGUACUUCGAUUACUGAUUUGGAGCCACCUCAAAAUCCACCACACAAGAAGGACAAACUUGUGCAACAAAAUUCGACAGAUCAUGCAUGCAGCGAAAAUAUCCUAAUGAAAAAGGUGGACAAGUUUAUGUCAUUUGAAAAAUAUUUGGAAUGUGAACUUUGAGAAUUUUUAAACAAAAGAUGUCUUACGACCCUGCAGAAGAGGGCGCAGGACAUAAUUUUUUAGGCAAAACUUGAAGAACUAUACGAAUUUCAGAAUGAAUCAAGUGCAGUAAUGGAAUUAAAUUUUUCACCAAUUGGCACGAAUGAGGGGCAGCCAGAAUUUGUUACAUUUAAGUGAAGACAACUAAAUUUUCUACAAUCCAAAUCAAUUUGUUUUCAAACUGCAGUUAAUGGCUUUUAGUUUUAAAUAAAAAUAAAUAAACAUUACAAGUUCCUACUUCAGUUUCUCCCUAAAGUGCCUUUUUUAUAGCCUGACACACUUUUGGUAUUAUGUCACUGAUUUUUGAUAUGGAAAUCCUAUGCAUGUACAUUAAGGAGCUGUAUGAAUCUCCAGUAGCUAAAAAACAUAAUGUAAUGUAAUGACAAGUUGUUCAGCAGCAGCAGUUACAGUUUCUCAAAAAUUUGCAUCCCUCAGUGCAUAGUAUUGCAACUGUCAUAUUUAGGAAUACUUCAAAGUUUGUCAUAGACAUACAAACAAAACGUUUCAAAUCUUUCAUGUCUUGAACUUUCAGGUCACUCAUCACUGAACAGUAAGCUCCAUGACUACACCAUUUAAUGAGGAAGUUAGCACCCACCAUCUACAUUCCUUUCUCCUUUUUAUAAUUAUAUUCACUGUGCUAGUGCAUAAAAAUAGAAGUUCUGCACUGGACACCAUGUUUCCUGAAACUGAGUGGUUUCGUGUCACUAGUGAGAAAUCUCGUUGGCUGCUUGUGCCAGGCACGUGUCUCUGAACUACGUCGCAAUGUACACAUGUCAAGAUACUUUUCUCCAUGGCUUGUGCCAGGCACUAAUCUCUAUGACAAAUCCCCCAGUGUGAAUAUAGCUUUAGGUGAUUAAGUACUUUAAGUUCUUCAUGAAAUUUAAAGAGUUAAUACUACAGAUUUAUCACUAUUUACUGGAAAUUAAUUAAGAUGAAAAUCUGUCAGUGGCAUAAUAAAUUAUCCAAAUGCACAGGCUGUGUAUAAGGUGACAGCCAACCUUGCCAACUACCACAAAAUCAAAGAAAAUGUUACAGAUGUUGAAAACUCAAUACAGAAAUACCCAGUGCUGUUUUCCUAACAAAAAUAGUGGGUGGACUAAUCUAAAGAAGAUCUCAUAUGUUGGAGUACUGACCAGACUGCUGCAUGUGUCUUCUUGUCUCAGGGUUUUCAUCCAUAAUUUGAUGUAAUCCUCGGAGUUCCAGAGACACAGUGGAGGCUCCAUGAUUCAAACAAACAUUAAGGAUGAGAGGUGGCAAAUAGAAAGUGAAUUCCACAGUGUUGUAAUAACUAAGUUUAUUUCACUGAAGCCUUUCACAGUCCAAUGUACUCACAGGGAGUGUAUCAACACAAACAAUCAGUGGUUUCAUGUUUUCAGGAAUGUUCUCUCCACUGUUGUUUAUAUAAUCUCUGAAAUCUUCUCUUAGAUUUUGAUAAGAAGAAGAAAACACUCGCGUAUUUUUCUUAGAUUUUCUUCCCCUUUUAGCCAUGGUUCACAAUGUCAUAGGGCCAUUUUUUCUGUCCAAAAUAUUGAUCUCUUUCACAAAGGAUCUGAAUUCUUCACUGUCAUUCUAAAUUAGCCUUUGCCUCAAAUUGUCACUAAGACUCUGACAGAACUUUUUCGUAUUAAUUUUGGUAGUCAUUCUGCUUGAUUCUCUUGUGGGAACCAGUGAAACGUCUUUGAAGCACCCUUCAGAUAUAGUUUUCUCUGCUUCCUUCAUGGAAGCACCUGGCAUUUUCUUCAGUUGUACAAUGGCUCUUACUGACCUUGUAAUUUCCCAUUAUGAUGAAGGAGGUACUGUGGGAGGAUACUAAUGUCUUCAUGAGCAUCAGAAAACAGUGCAAUGUUGCCCAUGAGCUCAGGGCUUGACAGUGUUUUCUGCAAA